AUUUUUCUAAAUAAUAACUAAUAUUGACCUUUUAGAUUAUUUGUAAUGUAAAUGACAGUUAAAAUAAGCAAGUAUUUCAUGAAAAAUUCCUUUCUUACACCAAAACUCGUAUUGGAGAAGAUAUGCCCUAAUUUGGCAAACAAGAAUGGACUAAAAUCCCAAAAAAACUUUAAACAAACAGUUAGAUAUGGUGAAUACCCUGUUUUAUCGCAUGAUCCCAUUCCUAGCCAUAUACCCAGACCAUAUUACGCCCAGAAUCGCACAGAAGAUGAGUUAAAAAUAUACUACAACCAGAAACUACCAUUUGCUGAAGUUAAAAAUGAAGAACAAAUCUCCAAAAUGAGAGCUGCUGCCAAAAUCGCUGCUAAAUGUUUAAAGUUAUGCUUGGAUUCUACAGAAAAAGGAGUUACCGCUGAUUUUGUUGACAGAAAGGCCCAGGAUUUUAUCGUUAGUUCAGGAGCUUAUCCCUCUGGAGUUAAUUUUCAUGGAUACCCUAGAGCUAUAUGUGUUUCAGUAAAUGAAGUUGCCUGUCACGGCAUACCUAAUAUGAGGCCUUUUCAUGAAUCGGACGUUGUUUCCUACGAUUGUACUGUUUUUUAUGAUGGCUUUUUUGGCGACUGUGCUGCAACUUGUAUAGUCGGCGAGGCUCCAGAAGAGAUCAAAAAGCUGGUUUUAGUUUCAAAGGAAUGCUGUUACGUUGCUAUUGAUAGCCUGAAACCCGGUGUCAAAUUCUCAAAACUGGCUAAACUUGUUUCGAACCACGCUGAGAAGAACGGAUUUUCAGUUAUAAAGGAGUUUGGAGGACAUUUUAUUGGUCAUGUGCUCCACAUGCCUCCCAUGAUGCAGUUCUCUCACCCGAGUUCAACUCCAGGAGUAGCUGAAGAAGGUCACGUUUUUACCAUUGAGCCCAUAAUUUGUCAAGGAGAUAAUUCCAUAUACACUUGGGAGGAUGGAUGGACCAAUGCCACUUCAGAUAACGGUUUCUGUUCUCAAUUUGAGCACACUGUUCUAGUUACCCGUGACGGAUGUGAAGUGUUAACCCUCCCUUAAUCUUAUAGACUAGUUGCACACCACACUAACUACACAUAAAGAAAACAAAUAC